CUUCAUCUUGUCUUGCAUGCUGCCUGCCCCCAUGCUUGAUCAUCCACAGCAACAACACCUUUCAAACCGUCUCAAGCACCACUGAGCUCACUUCUGCGUACAAUGGACUUGCCUCACAAGGAGGCCGAUGCUCAUCCUCCCAAAGUACUACUCCCAGUGAAACAGAAGCGAGCAUCUAAGCCAAGGUCCCGUACCGGAUGCCGUACCUGUCGAGCACGGCGGGUCAAAUGUGAUGAGACCCCCGGAGCAUGCCAGCAAUGUACCUCUACGGGCCGAGUCUGCGAUGGCUACGAGGCCCAACGACUGCCUCUGCCAUCUCGGAAGAAGACCACAAUGGUUCCUUGUCGCUCUUCCGCGGUGGCAACCGGCUUCUGCUUUGUAACCACAUCCGAUGAGAAACGCUGUUUCUCGUAUUUUCAGUUGCGCUCAAUCUCCCAUCUGAUCGCCUCGUUCGACAACCCUCUGUGGGAGAAGCUCGUUCUGCAGAUGAGCUACAAUGAACCCGCCGUGUAUCAUGCGGUCGUGGCCCUGGGCUCAAUUCACCAGGACCUUGAACAACAUGGAUUACCCAUACCCGUAUCUGGACAGAGGCCAGAUACCGCGUUGAGUCGCUUCGCUACAGAGCAAUCCCUCCGGUCCUAUUCCCUGCUCACCAAACGCCGGGCCUCACAGGACCCUGCCCUGCGGCAGGUUGUCCUCGUCUGCUGCUUGCUGUUCACUCUGGCCGAGCUGCUCUACGCACGCCCAGCCACCGCAAGCGUGCAUCUGUCCGGUGGACUGAAGAUCCUGCGGGAGCACAAGGCCCAGCGCUCCGUUCACUCGCCUUGGGAGCAACAAAGCACCCUCGAGACCUACCUGCAUCUACAGAGCCAGUCUUUUUCUUUGUUGAAUAAGGGUCCGCCCAUAUUACCGAUCGACCAGGAAAUUCUCUACGAGAGGCCGUACGAAAACUACCUCUCUGCGUUUUCGACCUUCGGCGAGGCUCACCAAGCGUUUGGGCCUGCCUUCAACGCUAGCUGUGGCUACUUCGUGAGGUUCUGGAAGCAGAGCCAACAACAAGCGACGAUCCCCGGCGACGGAGAGGAUGAACCUUCCGAAGACAGCCCACUCGGUCCAUUACGCAUUAUAUCUUGCCUGAACCAGUUCCUCCAAGCACUCGAAGCCUUUGUGGCAGCGUCAUUCACCCGCCUGAGCGCCAAGGAACAGCGGGGCGUGCAGGUACUGCGAGUCACUGCCCACGGGCAGAUCGUAGGCAUCAAAAGCUGCCUUCUACGGAGCAAUGGCUGCUCCCUACAUCCUCUCAUGGAGGAUUAUAAGCGAUUGCAGCGGAUGUUGGAAAUGACGCUGGCACUGAUUCAGGAUCGUCCGCUCAUUAGUCUAGGAAUAAGCCUGACCCCGGUGUUUUUCUUCUUAGCACAGUGCCCGGAUCACGGGAUUCGCUGGUGGGCGCUCGAUGGUCUGCUCUCGUGGCCGCAUUGCGGCGGCUUCUUCAAUACGAAUCAGAUGGCGGAGAGCAUACUUGACUGGACGAAGGAUGAGCUGAGAGUGCUGAGGGAGAAAUGUCCGGAGGGAGUGGCGGGGACGGUGUCUUUCGUGACGGAGACGGAUGGGUCUUCGUAUGCUCGGAUUUCGUAUGCAGGGAGGGAUGGGCCUAAGGAGCGGUUGCUGGAGUUGUAGGAUCUAGGUCGUUGAGGAGCAGUAUGCCUGUGCAUUAUCUACGAUAUUUGCGAAAUUACUCGCUGCCGUAGGUGCGGGUUUGGUCGCUGGAUAAAUCAGCCUGAGAGGCAUAGCCUGCAUCAAGUAACCUCUUUCUCACCUGAAUGGUUGCUGCUUGAGG